UGGCAGAAAAUUGCGCAGAACGACGUUAACUCUUGUCGUGUGCGGACGUGCUGAAGUUUAGAUACGUGGUAGGGUAGACUUGCCAAAGCAUUUUCUUUCUCUGUUCACUUUUAACCAUUGACUAGAAGAGAAACUUCUUUUGGAGCGUUUUUACACUUCAAACGAUACCGAUCAAGAAUCAAACAAGAGAUAAUUUAAAAGGGCUAUACGAAGGAAAUUAAAAAAGAAAAUGGCAGAAGAAAAGAACGAAACAAGCCCGAACGCCGAGGGUGAAAAGAUCCCGCAGGAAGCGGCGGCACCAUCGAAGCAAGAAAAAGAAGAGCCGAAGGAAACUAAAGAAGAGGAGAAGAAAGUCGAGGAGAAUGGCGACGGUGAUAAACCCAAGGAGAACGGCGAAGAAAAACCCACGCCAGAGCCGAAGGACAUGCGGGCUAUAGUACUCAAUGGUUUCGGCGGAUUGAAAAGUGUCAAGGCUCUCAGGAAGCCUGAGCCCACCCUCGCCGAGGGAGAAGUUCUCAUUCGAAUCAAAGCAUGUGGAUUGAACUUCCAAGACUUGAUGGCCAGACAGGGUGCUAUCGAUUCCCCGCCGAAAACUCCUUUUAUUAUGGGAUCCGAGUGCGCAGGUGACAUCGAGCAAGUUGGCGAGGGCGUGGAGAACUUUAAAGUGGGCGAUCGAGUGGUUGCACUUCCGGAUCACAAAGCGUGGGCGGAGCUGGUUGCUGUACCAGCAACAUCCGUUUUCGCGCUACCAGACGGAAUGAGCUACCUCGAUGCUGCUGCGAUCACGAUGAAUUAUACCGUUGCUUAUAUGCUGCUGUUCGAGCUGGCCAAUUUGACGCCUGGCAAAAGUUUGUUGCUUCACAGCGCCGGCGGUGGUGUGGGCCAAGCGGUGGUUCAACUGGCCAAAACCGUGAAGGAUGUGACGAUUUUUGGCGUAUGCAGUAAAUCGAAGCACGAAGCUCUGAAAGCUGCUGGAACCAUUGAUCAUCUCUUGGAACGCAGUACAGAUUACACCAACGAAGUCAGGAAGAUCUCUCCGGAGGGCGUGGAUAUAGUUCUGGAUUGCUUGUGCGGCGAAGAAUGCAACAAGGGAUACGCCUUGCUGAAACCCAUGGGGAAAUACAUCCUUUAUGGUUCUAGCAACGUGGUCACCGGUGAAACGAAGAGUUUCUUCUCGGCAGCACGAUCAUGGUGGCAGGUGGACAAAGUAUCGCCCAUCAAGCUGUUCGACGAGAACAAAACGUUGUCCGGUUUCAAGCUCCGUCACCUGAUGUAUCAGCAGGGUAGCCACGGGUUCGUUCGAAAAGCAGUGGAACGGGUGUUCGCGUUAUGGAACGAGGGUAAGAUAAAGCCGGUAGUAGACUCAACGUGGGCUCUGGAGGACGUGCCGGAAGCCAUGCAGAAGAUGCACGACCGCAAGAACAUUGGUAAGAUCGUGCUGGAUCCGAGUCUCGAGCCGAAACCGAAGCCAGCUACUCCGGCCAAGGGAAAAGCGAAAGACAAGAAAGCAGCCAGCCAAGAGAGCCAAGAGAAGAAAGCGUCGAGCGUCGAGUCCGAGGAAGGAGAAAAGAAGAAAGAGCCUGAACUGACAAACGGCACAUCCGAAGACAAAUCCGAUAGCGAUUCGAAAGAAAAAGAAUCGAGCUGAAUUAGCGGCGCUAAUUAAUUCUAAUACACGUAUAUAUAUACAUAAAUCUAUAUAUAUAUAUAUAUAUAUAAAUAUUACAAAUGUGUAAAACCCGCGAACAUCAAGAUUUUCCAGGUAAAAAGUACUACUCUAAACUAUUCUACUCGCUGUUCAGAGAGAUCUACGUUGUUGCUGCACGACAGAGGCUUCAUCCGAUCAAAACGAUCUACUCUGUUAAUGGAAAAAAGCUAUAUGUUAGUGUGCAGAUGAAAACAAAUCUACAAAAAGAGAAUCUUUUUUUCUUUUGUUUAAAAAUGAAAAAGGAAGAACAGAAACGAAUUUUUACAAACGCUUAAUCAGGUUUGAUAAGGCAAGCUCGUUUACCUCCCCCAUAAGAAUUCAUAUCCGCGUAUCUCAGUGAGAAUUCUCUUCGAUGGUGUUUACAAGAGUGAGAGGGCGUGAGGCAGAGGGAGACAAAAAAGCAACCAAUUGCAAAAUAUCAAUCUCAACGUGGUCCACAGUAGUUUACGAAGUAUAAGAAUUGAUUAUUUUUAUUUUUUCACACUGACCAAAACACAUAUAUUGAUUGAUUUUUUCAUACGUAUAUUUAGAGAGAAUGCUCUCUACUGGAUGCCAUCAAUUCAUUGGGACGAUUUCUUUUUUUUUUUUCUUUUCCUGAUAUCAUUCGCUUAGAUAUACUUUAUCGAAAACAUUUAAAAUAUAAGAAAAAGUGAUCAGUAAAAAUGAAAAGAUCGUCCUAAUGGGUUUGAGUCAGCCAGCAGAUUGCUACUUUAUCUACUUGCAUCGACUACUAUAUUGCUGCUGCGAUAUAUAUACUGUAUAUGCAGUAAUAUUUUACACUACUAUAGUAGUCCGUUUACUGUAAUUUAAUAGAGUAUGAUGAUAAUCUGAUGAUCAGCUUUUUAGACAUAAUGGGGGAAAGCUCUCGUAUAGGAAAAACUCCUAAAAAAAGCUGAAAGAUAAUAUGAAUGACUGUAUUUUACUUUUUUUUACCACGUGUAUCUCGUGUUUUUUAAUGACUAAUAUCGAGACAAGACUCUCUAACUUAAUCGUUUUUUAACUGUGCUAGCCUAAACGAACACAAUAGUCGAAGAAUAUAUUCUCUUCAUUAUUUUUAGACAAGUCUGUUUAAAAAAAAAAAAAAAUCAUGGAAAGUAUUAAA